UGGUUCUGGUAGUUUUCGAAUUUUGUACGGGCAGCGGGCGUAUAUCCGCGAAAUAAUAAACUUCUGUAUUUUAAUUAUACUUUUGAUUAAUAUGGAUUAUGAAAAGGUUGCAACACCUUUGAAGCUAUUUUCAGCGGUGCAUAUGAGUGGUAAAGUGACACAUAAAGUGGGUAAUGAAAACUUAGAAUUGAUAACUACUCCCGGCAAUGGGAGAAGUCAUAAAAAAUUGCAUCCACGUACACCAAGUAAGCAGAUAAGUUGUAGUAUAUCAACUAUAAGCAGUAUUUGCAGUAAUACUUCAAAGCAAAUAACUUGCUCCACGCUCAUGAGUACGCCACCAGCGAAACGAUUUCAACGCAUACGGAAUCCUUUCGAACCAGUCUUAGCGGAGCGCUUGCAUUUACCAUUAAUAGCCAGCCCUUCGCUGUUUCAGCGGCCUACGACACCACAACUGUCUUCAACACAAUUCGAAUGGAAUAUUGAUGAAGUAUCUUCACUAAAACCAGCCCAUGUCGAGCCGCAUGAAACACAAUUUCACGACUCACCCGAUCCCGAUUAUGAGGCCAAAGCUCAAUCGGCUAUAAGUUCUUAUUUCAAGGACCAUCAAAUUGUGCCGAGUCCAGUAGAUUGCCCUUUACGCAGUCAUCGCAUUAUACUUUCCGAAUUGAAUGCGAAUACACCUAUUACAAAACCAGGACGACGUAUACGUGAUUGUGGCACACAGACAGAAUUAUCAUUGCCGGUAAUAUUGCCCCGCGCUGUAGAAGAAGCGCUAAUGCCAUAUUUUCAACCACAUUUAGCAGUUGCUGAUCGGCCAAACUGUGACGCCGAUUCGCAAGUACGGUUUAGUAGUGAUUCAAACGCAUCUACGUUUAGUGAUGCUAAAGACAUUUCAUUACGUCGCAAACUUUUCGAUAUGAAUAAUAUUGUAGUGCUCGAAGAGGGUAGAACAUCGACAACAGAAUCCAAAACUAAAACAACAUAUUCCAACUCCAGUCCCUCAUCCGCUUGUGAGAAUACCCGUGGUGGUCAUUUCGCUAUAGUUGGCACGCUUUCAGAUUCUAUGGACAAGAGUUCAUUCGGCUCGCUUUCUCCAAUUUCAGCAUCUGAUGGUCUAUCUAAUUCACCACAUUCGCCGCACAAAAGUCAUGCUGGCUUGAAAUCACGCAUACAAACCUUUCUACAAGAACUUGAUGAUGUAGAGCAGUUGUCACCAAUACAUCCACCGGUGCGACAAACGAGUCGACGGUGUCAUGAUAAACGUGAGGCUACAAGCAAAUCACUGCAGGAUCCCAAAAAUAGUUAUCGUUGUAAUGCUCUAAACCAGAGUGAAGCAACCAUAAACGAAGAUACUUCUUUAGCUUGUAUUGAUGCUGGGAACGGCAACGUUGACAAAUUUACGCCAGAUCGCAGUUCUUCACCAUUACGUUUGGCCUAUUGCUCUACUGAAUCAGAAUCGGCAAUCGGUCAUCAUUCCAUUGAUAGCAGUUUCAAUAUGAAAAUCAGUCGUUUAGCCGUGAAUAGUGCGAAGUGUAUAAAACCAAUAACAACAACAACAGGUCGUGAUACUAAGGCACAAGAGCAUGAUAUAUUCGCUCACGACGAAACGCAAGAGUUACUUGAUGACGACGAAAUGCAAGUCUCGCAAUUGUCCGCACAAAAUUUCAAUUGCAGUUCGAGCUCCGCGGAUACACCGCGUAGUAAAAGACGUUCAGCAAGUCGCAAAAAUCUAUCACAAUCCUUUUCGCUCAAUUGGUUAGAUGACGAAGAAGAGCAAGCGGAUGAUGAAAGGCAAAAAGCAGACAAGCAAAACCUACUAAAAUCGCCAAUAGAUUUGCCGCGCAUUGAUAUAAACAUAGUGGAUGAAUUAAUUGUUAAGGAACAUGCAUUACAGCAGCAGCAAAAGCUGCAAAAAGUUAACGAGCAGUGUGGUAGUGUUGAUAAGCAGGCUCCUGUUGAUGCGGCGGAAACGCGCGCCGUAUUCUAUCGUGUUGAUAGUGGCUUUAAUGAGAUGCCGGCCAGUGGUUGCUCUUCCACUUGCUCCAUGGGCGCAAGUCAAAAGAGUCAUGGCGGGUUAUCGCCAACGACACAACUUGACGUAAGCAUGGUUUGUUGUUCAACACCAUCAAAGUGCUCGAACACCAACAGCGUUGCAACUUGACGGCAGACAAUUGCAAUAUUUAAGUUGCCAAACAUAUUUCAUAAAACGCUCGGUUGUCAUCUGCCUUUUUGCAUUAGCUAAAAUUCUCCCAGCAAAAUACAUAUUUAAAACUUUAUAUUUGUAUAAUUCAUAGUUAUAUGCGCGCAAUUAUUGUUUCGUAUGCAAUAUUCAAAGCCAAGUUUUGUAGUAAUUGUAAUAAUAGCAUGUUAGAAAAUUGAAUAAUUUUAAGACUGCCAUGAUUUUUAGAAUAAACAAUUUUAUAUAUA